AGAAGAAAAAUUAAACGGAUAGACUCGAGUCGAGGUGCUCAUCCCCUUCCUCCUCCUUUCUCUGCUCUAUCCGACGAAAAUGGCUUCCUCUGCGACCACACCAUCCUUCUCCUUCUUCUCAUUCUCUAUCUUCCUCUCAUCAUCUUCCUCCCAACCCCACAACAGAUUCGCUUCAUUCACAUUCAGACCCAAUUCUUUUACUCCCACUACCCCCAAAUCGCUCUCCAUCACUUCCCAGCUUGCCACACUCCCUGUCCUCUCCUUCGACGGCGAAAAAGUCGGCGAAACCCACCUCGACCUCAAAGCCGCGCCACCUGACACUGCACGCGCCGUCGUGCAUCGUGCUGUCGUCACUGACCUCCAGAACAAGCGCCGAGGCACUGCCUCCACCCUCACACGCGCCGAGGUCAGUGGCGGUGGCAGGAAGCCUUACCCACAGAAGAAGACCGGCCGUGCUCGUCGUGGGUCGAAUCGGACCCCGCUCCGAGUCGGUGGAGGCGUUGUGUUCGGGCCUAAGCCUAGGGACUGGAGCAUCAAGAUUAAUCGGAAGGAGAAGAGAUUGGCGAUUUCUACGGCAUUGUCUAGCGCGGCGGUGAAUACGAUUGUUGUGGAAGAAUUUGGGGAUAAGUUUGAGAAGCCCAAGACGAAGGAGUUCAUUGCGGCAAUGAAGAGGUGGGGGCUUGACCCGAAGGAGAAGUCUAUGUUCUUGCUCACUGAAGUUUCGGAUAAUUUGAGGCUUUCGAGUAGAAACAUUGGGACUCUGAAGAUGUUGACGCCUAGAACGCUUAAUUUGUACGACAUAUUGAAUGCUGAUAAGUUGGUGCUAACGCCUUCUGCUGUAGAUUAUUUGAAUGAGAGAUAUGGGAUUGAUUACAUUGGAGACACUGAGGAUGAGGAUGAAGAUGAAGUAGAUGGUGAAGUUGAAGGUGACGAAGGAACUGAGGGAGAGGAAAGUGCUGAUGUGGUGGAUUAAGGAUGUGGAGUAUUGUUUGUACCAUUUAGAUGUUUUUUUUUCAUCUCCAUUACUACUGAGGAUCGAAAACCAGGUUUUACCUUUAGGAUCUGUGCCUUUAUGCCACUAACAUUCAUAUGCGAUUCUGCAGGCUGUAUAACAUGCUGCUCAGUGUAGUCUGUUCCAACGAUUUUGUUUCACAUAGCCCUUUUUCAUGCAAUGUAUGUAUAAUCAAUCUUAUAUAUUAAUCCCAUCCUUUCAUGAUUGUUGUAUCCAUUCUUAUCCUUUUAUAAAGAGGAUACUGUUUCGCUUC